ACGCGAACGCUUACGGCGGCGGCGGCGUCGUGUGCGAUUGAGAGGCGGCGAGGCGGCCGCCUCCAGUCACGACCGGAAGUUCUCUGGAAGAGGACAUGUUUUGGAUACUGCGACGCGCGAAACUCGCUAGUGCCGCUGUGCUGUUGAACAACCUGAACAACAACAAUGAGCCACGUCCAGCUCGGAAAUCAUACAACAAGCUGAGCGGCAGCGACGAGAAGACCAAAGCGACUGAAAAUUUAGACAACGAGGGGAAAUGCAAGAAAGAUGAAGAUUGCGUGUCGAACGGCAACGCAGCAAACGACACCGAUACGGAUUCCUCGUUCACGGACAUAGAGAUUGACGACGGAAAUGAGUUUUCCGAUUCGGAUUACGAUGAAGCUCUCACCUGCAACGUGUGCGAUCGAUCUUUUUCUUGCCCGAAGCAGCUAUCUUCGCACAAACAGAAGAAGAGACAUUUUGGAUGCUCGGCAUGUGACAGCCUAUUCACGACGCUGAUGGCACUGGAGCAUCACAAGGAGGAAUUCGAACACUGGUCAGGAGAUGAAGACGAUUUCUGUACCGAUUCAGAGGAUGAGGACGAUACUGUUAUAAGCGAAGAAUGCGAAAGAUUGUUGUAAAAUCAUAAGAUGUUUAAUUCGACAUAUCCCUGUAGAUAGAUGUAUAGGUAUAUGUAUAUUAUAUAUAUUUUGGUACCUUACAUUGUAAAAAACAAAUCGAAUACUAGCGAAUUCUCCCAUAUUGAUCUAGGUGAUUAUCAAAGUUCACUCAUAGCAGCUAUGAAAACGUGAUUUUUUUAUAGGUUCGAUUUAAUUUUAUAUGAUCUAUUUAUUAAAUGUUUUAUCUUGAAAAUUAUACACGGGAAUGAACUCCAAAUAUGAGAUCUCCUAAAAGUAUAUCGUGAUUCAGUAGAAAUGUUUGAAGAUGAAGAACAAUUAAGAAUUUAUUUUUCUAUUUCAUUUCAUUGAGAAAGUAGUUGUCGGUAGAUUUUCGAAUAUUCCAUUAAAAAGGGUAUUUUUCAUUACGCGUAAAUCAUUAUAUAAUUUAUUCAUGAUUCAAUAUAUUGACUGUGUAAGUUUUUGACUUCCUAUGUAUUUUAUUGUUAGUUGAUUCCAGACGUUUAUGCUUUCAUAAUAAAAAGUUGAUACGUU